AUGUACACUAUCAAGCUCUUUCUUUUUAUUGCUCCUCUAGUUAUUUCUUCCAGAACUGACCAAGACUAUACAUCACUUGAUUCUAUAUCUCCAGAGCCAAAAUCAAGAUUUGCUAUGUUAGAUGAUGUAAAAAUUUUAGCCAAUGGCCUACUUCAGUUAGGACAUGGUCUUAAAGACUUUGUUCAUAAGACUAAGGGCCAAAUUAAUGACAUAUUUCAAAAACUCAACAUAUUUGAUCAGUCCUUUUAUGACUUAUCACUGCAAACCAAUGAAAUCAAAGAGGAAGAAAAGGAACUUAGAAGAGCGACAUCCAAACUGCAAGUCAAAAAUGAAGAAGUGAAGAACAUGUCACUUGAACUUGACUCAAAACUCGAAAGUCUUCUUGAAGAGAAAAUUCUACUGCAACAGAAAGUGAGAUACCUGGAGGACCAAUUAACCAAUUUAAUUAAAAAUCAACCUCAAAUUCAGGAACACCUGGAAGUAACUUCACUUAAAACUUUGGUAGAACAGCAAGAUAAUAGCAUUAAAGACCUUCUUCAGAUUGUGGAAGAACAAUACAGACAGUUAAAUCAACAGCAAAGUCAAAUAAAAGAAAUAGAAAAUCAGUUGAGAAGAACUGGUAUUAAAGAAUCCACAGAAAAUUCUCUUUCUUCUAAACCAAGAGCACCAAGAACGACUCCCUCUUUUCACUUGAAUGAAACAGAAAAUGUAGAACAUGACGACAUUCCUGCUGACUGUACCAUCAUUUAUAACCAAGGCAAACAUACAAGUGGCAUCUACUCCAUUAGACCUAGCAACUCUGAAGUUUUUAAUGUCUACUGUGAUGUUAAAUCAGGUAGUUCAUGGACAUUAAUUCAACAUCGAAUAGAUGGAUCACAAAACUUCAAUGAAACCUGGGAAAACUACAAGUAUGGUUUUGGGAGACUUGAUGGAGAAUUUUGGUUGGGUUUAGAAAAGAUAUACUCCAUAGUAAAGCAAUCUAACUAUACCUUGCGAAUCGAGCUAGAAGACUGGAAAGACAAGUAUUACACUGAAUACUCUUUUCACUUGGGAGAUCAUGAAACCAACUAUACACUACAUCUAGCUGAGAUUUCUGGCAAUGGCCCCAAGGCAUUUCCGGAACACAAAGACUUGAUGUUUUCUACUUGGGAUCACAAAGCAAAAGGACAUUUCAACUGUCCAGAAAGUAAUUCAGGAGGCUGGUGGUGCCAUGAUGUAUGUGGGGAAAACAACCUAAAUGGUAAAUACAACAAGCCAAGAGCAAAAGCUAAGCCAGAGAGGAGAGGAGGAAUAUGCUGGAAGUCUCAAGAUGGAAGGCUGUACUCCAUCAAAGCAACCAAAAUGCUGAUACAUCCAUCAGAUUCAGAAAAUUAUGAAUGA